UUUCUCACCCACUGUCUUAUCAACACAUUUUGUACCAAAGCGAGCUCGCGAGGUUUACGCGCGGAACGCAGCAACCCCGACCCGUGGACGCGUUUCCAUCAGCUGACGCCACUCUACCGACCGCAUUCGCGAGGAUAUAUCGGACAUGGAUUUCUCCAACAGCGCUUUCAGAAUUCCUCGAUCAGCUCCUACCCUCUCUAACGACACAAUGAGCCACACGCAGAUGGUUCAGGCCUGUCGUUUCGGAUGGGCGGCCGGGCCGAAUAGCAAUGGCACAUCAACGCCACCUGCGCCUCCAUCAGCUCCUCCACGAACACCUGCCACAACUUCAACAGAUGACACUCGGUCAAGGCGACUCAUCCCUUGUCGAGGACGGCUCUAUCACCAACUCACAUGCUCACAUCGAAUACGAACGGAUCUGGUAGAGGACUGUGGUGCAAAUUGUCUCGAGCCAUUCGGUGCUGCGUCGAAUACCUCGUUCUAUUGCCAAGAGUGCGUCGAGAAAGAAUGCGCCAAAAUUUGGGAAGUGCGCGAAGCUCGACUCAACGCUUUAUACCCACCAAUAGAUCAAAUGACAAAGGAUCAAUACGAGACAUGGUACGAGGAGCGUCGCCAGCUCGAAGCUCAGUUUGAGCAAGAGCACAAGAGAUUCGCAGUAGGACUCAAGGCCAGUUCACGGCCGAGCAACAUCUGUUCCGCGCUCGAAGCAAGCAGGGAGGAAAUGGACUUCGCUUCAGAGCUCGAUUCGCUUUCCCUUUCAUUGAUGUCCUCGAACGACAGCACGAGUACUCAGAUUCAGCCAACUCGGCAUAGGGUCAGUCUGCCGAACGAUGCGUCAGAGCAGCUCCACUGGAGUCUCAAUUCCCUAGCUAUCGACCGCGGUUCUUGCGGGGUCGAGUAUUCGGCCUCAAGCCGGACUAAUGGGGUCCCAGCCAUGCGUUCCAUGACCGAAGACGAGCUUUGGAGGAAGCCAAGGGAGCGAAACUGAACACCAACGAAAGAAUAGAUAUUGUAAGAUACAAAGGAAGUUGUGCU